CUCUAAGGAGGGAUCGUCACCUGUUACAACUGCACAUAUCAGGCCUUUGAUACACACAUGCAGAGAGAGAGAAUAACAGGGAAAUGAUGGAGCUGACAGAACUCAAGGAACCUGCGAGUAUUGCCGAGACUGGAAUAAGGAGACGUUGAUGAAAGAAGGAACACAGAGAGGGAGCAGCCAUGAAGUGGAGGAACCCAGUGGACCUGGUCAGGGACGCUCUGAGAGGUCAGCGUGCCAGAGACAAAGACCUCCGCAACCUGGUGUCCAAUCUUCCCUAUGAAGGGCUGGAGAAGUCAAAGCAACCCAACCGGCACUUUCCGGGAAACGCCAUCAAAACCACCAAGUACACGCUGCUGCUCUUCAUCCCCGUGAACCUCUUUGAGCAGUUCCACCGCAUGGCCAACCUGUACUUUGUGGGCCUGGCUAUUCUCAACUUUGUCCCUGUAGUGAAUGCGUUCCAGCCCGAGGUGGCUCUAAUCCCCAUCUGUGCCAUCCUGUCUCUCACUGCCUUGAAGGACGCCUGGGAAGACUUCAGGAGGUACCAGUCUGACAGGAAGCUCAACAACACGCCGUGCCUCAUCUACAGCAGGAAAGAGGUUGGGUUCAUAGAGAGGUGCUGGAAGGAUGUACGAGUCGGGGAUUUUGUGAAGGUUGUGUGCAAUGAGAUUGUCCCUGCAGACCUCCUGCUGCUCUACACCGCAGACCCAGACGGAGUUUGUCUUAUAGAGACGGCCAACCUGGAUGGAGAGAGCAACUUGAAGCAGAGGAGGGUGGUGCCGGGCCUCUGCAUCUCGGAUCCUAGGUUUGAACCCGAGAGCUUUAACGGCAUUGUCGUCUGCGAGAAGCCCAACAACAAUCUGAAUCAUUUCAAAUGUUAUGUAGAGAGACCUGAUGAGGAGAAGGUGGGUGCUGGGCUGGAGAGUCUGCUGCUGCGAGGCUGCACAGUCAGAAACACAGACCACGCUGUUGGCUUCGUGGUUUAUGCAGGGCAUGAAACCAAGUCCAUGCUCAACAACGGCGGCCCGAGGUACAAGCGCAGCAGACUGGAGCGUAGGCUGAACGUGGACGUCAUCUUCUGCGUCAUUCUCCUCUUCGCCAUGUGUAUUGUGGCAGCAGUAGGUCACUGUUUAUGGCUGCAGGCGGUGCCUGGUGUACCCCCUUACCUGGUCCCUGACAGUGCAGGUCGUCUGGAUAGUCCAGCUCUUUCAGGCUUCUAUAUGUUCUUCACCAUGAUCAUCCUGCUGCAGGUGCUGAUUCCGAUCUCCCUGUAUGUGUCCAUCGAGCUGGUGAAGAUCGGCCAAAUCUUCUUCAUCACUAAUGACAUUGACCUGUAUGAUGAGGGGACAGACAGUGGCAUGCAGUGUAAAGCACUCAACAUCACGGAGGACCUGGGACAGGUUCAAUACAUCUUCUCUGACAAGACAGGCACCCUCACUGAAAACAAGAUGGUGUUUCGCCGAUGUUCCAUCAUGGGCGUCGAGUACCCACACAAGGAAAACGCCAUACGAUUAAAUGUCCUCGAGGAAGCAGAAUCAGAGGAGGAGAUUAUCUUCAACCAACCACCACGGACUGGAUGGUCAAUGGAUUUUGAGAACUCUGAACCAGAAGGCAGACACCAUCAUCAUCAUCAUCAUGGUAGCAGACGCAAGAGUAAGGUUUCAGGACAAGGUCAGAAGGACGUGGCCUUCAGUAGUCCACUGGAAACUGAUGUGAUUCCAGACAGGAAGCUGCUUCAGCAGAUUAGCAGGAGCCAGGAGAAAGAUCCCUACCUGGACUUUUUUCUGGCUCUUGCCAUUUGCAACACGGUGGUCGUUUCCAUGGCAACAGCUCGGAGACGGAGGGCGAGCUGGUUUUCACCCUCAGGCCGAACAAAUAAUCCCCUGGAAACAGUGUCCACUCUGGUCAAAAAAGUUGGCAGUCUUUUCACCUCCGGGCAAAAACCAAUUCAUCAACAUCUGACCGUCUCCAAGUCCGAUAUGGUCAUAGAAGAGGACGACUUAAGCUCUGAAGGUAUAAGAGAGAAAACCGAAGACCUUGAUGGGCUUGAAACCUGUUCUCUCCACGCUGCCUCUCCGAGCCACAAGGAGUCAGCAGCCUCAGAUAAUCUCAGGUAUGAGGCAGAGAGUCCAGACGAGGCGGCUUUGGUGUACGCUGCCAAGGCAUAUGGCUUCACUCUGCUGGCCCGCACCCCUGACAGUGUCACGGUGAGGUUGCCGUCUGGGAAGGACCUCGUCUUUGAGUUAGUGGACACCUUGGCCUUUGACUCCAACAGGAAAAGAAUGUCCGUUUUGGUGCGACACCCAAUCACAAGAGAGUAUGUGCUGUACACCAAAGGUGCGGACUACGCCAUCAUGGAGCUGCUGGGGACACCAUACGCAGAGCACUUCAGUGGGAGUGAGAAAAAUAUAGCAUCUGACACUCAGCAUCACCUGGACUGCUAUGCAAAAGAAGGGCUCAGGACUCUUUGCAUCACCAAGAAGGUUGUAAGUGACAAAGAAUAUAUGAGCUGGUCACUACAGAGACAGAGAGCUCUGGCUGCUAUAGAGCAAAGAGAGGAGCUUGUGAUGGAAACUGCCGUGCAGCUGGAGACAAAUCUGUCUCUACUGGGUGCGACAGGCGUCGAGGACCGUCUGCAGGAAAACGUCCCAGACACAAUCAUAGCUCUGCGGGAGGCGGGGAUCCAGGUGUGGGUGCUGACUGGUGACAAGCCGGAGACAGCUGUCAACAUCGGCUAUGCCUGCAGGCUGCUGGAAGAGGAAGACCUGGUGAUUAACAUGAGCUGUAAAAACAAGGCAGUUUGCACAUCAAUCCUGGACUGUACUCUGGAGGAGGUGAGGAGAUACGACGAAAAUCCUCAAAAUGUGGACACAACCCCCAACAUCUCCCUGGUGAUUGACGGACGCACCCUGGUCAUGGCUCUGUCGCCAGACCUGGAGAACCGCUUUGUGGAUUUGACCAAACGUUGUCGCUCUGUGCUGUGCUGCAGGGUCACACCGUUACAAAAAAGCAAAGUGGUGAAGGUGGUUCGGGAGAAACUGAAGGUCAUGACCCUUGCUGUUGGUGAUGGUGCAAAUGAUGUAAACAUGAUCCAAGCAGCCGAUAUUGGGAUUGGGAUCUCGGGUCAGGAGGGCAUGCAGGCAGUCAUGGCAAGUGAUUUCGCCAUCUCUCGCUUCAAACACCUGAAGAAGCUCCUCCUGGUUCACGGACACUGGUGCUACACACGUCUGGCCAACAUGAUAAUCUACUUCUUCUAUAAGAAUGUGGCCUACGUGAACCUGCUCUUCUGGUAUCAGUUCUUCUGCGGCUUCUCCGGCACAGCCAUGAUUGACUACUGGCUGAUGAUUUUUUUCAACCUUUUCUUCACCUCUGUGCCACCCAUCAUGUAUGGAAUAAUGGACAAAGAUGUUUCUGCAGAGAUACUGCUGGGGCUUCCUGAGCUCUACAGGACGGGACAGGGCACGGGGGAGUACAACUUCUUCACUUUCUGGAUCUCCAUCUUGGAUGCCUUUUAUCAGAGCCUGGUGUGUUUCUUUAUCCCGUACCUGGUGUAUGUGGAUUCAGACGUUGGUCUUUUCACAUUUGGAACACCUUUGAACACAGUUUCUCUGUUCACUAUCCUUUUGCAUUUGUCAAUAGAGAUCAAAUCUUGGACGGUGGUCCACUGGAUAAUCCAGGUGGGGAGUGUGGCCCUGUACUUCAUUGUAACACUGGCCUACAGCGCCAUCUGCAUCACCUGUAAUCCUCCAUCCAACCCAUACUGGAUCCUUCAGAGCCAGAUGGCCGACCCCAUGUUCUAUCUUAUCUGCAUCAUCACAACUGUGGUGGCCCUGCUGCCAAGGUACAUGUUUCACGUGAUAAAGAACUCUAUCGCCCCCUCACCACUUAUACAAGCCAAGCUUCUGGACCGGCUGGACCCCUCCGCCAGAGAGAGGUGCAUCAGGGAGUGGAGGAGUUUUAGGGGUGGAGUGCAUUUGGAAGAUUCCAGGUCCUCUACACCACCCUCUCCAGCCCUGGAGAUCCCUGUGGAAAUGUAUACCAAGUCCACUGGUGCCGCUGAACUAAUGGAAGACGAGUUUGUACUGAAUGUCAUUACAGACAACUAUCUGAGACACAAUGGCCCAGGGACCUGAAGGGCAACAGCAGCGUGAAGCUAAUUAUUUAUUCUGAAAACUGUAAAUACUCCGAAGUGGUUUUUUCCCACGCUGUGGAGAGGUACGUCUCAUUUUCUGGGGGUGGAUAUACAGACAGAAAAUCCUCUGUUUGAUUUGUGACAAAACAUUGAUGAAGGUGAUGAGUUCAUUUGUUAUAUAUAAAAAAAAAAGUACGACAAACACCAUUAGAGCACUUGCCUCGUUCUCCUCGGUACAACACACUGGAAGCAACUAAUUUAAAUCUGGAACUUUCCUAAUAGGAUUUCAGAGUAGAGUUGAAUCCCAAUAAGCCUGGAAACCAACCAGAAUAAAAUGCACAGCUGCAAUGUGAUAGAAACAAUAAAGUUGGGAUGGAGAUGUAAACAUUGGUUGUUUAAGGUAAGGUUUAAAGAUGAGGUAUGAGGAUGCACAAAUGAUAGUAAGUCAGUGCAGAAUCCUAAUAAUUAGAGCCACAUCGUUGUGUUGUGUGAGUGUGAGCUCUUGCUUACGUCAGAUUGAAAGGAC